AUGGGCAACUGCACCAAGACCCCUGAGAGGAGGGUCUCGAAGGACCGAGAGCUGCGGCCGGAGGAGAUAGAAGAGCUGAAGGAAGCCUUCCGGGAAUUCGACAAGGACCGUGACGGGUACAUCAGCUACAAAGACCUGGGCGAGUGCAUGCGCACCAUGGGCUACAUGCCCACCGAGAUGGAGCUCAUCGAGCUGUCGCAGCAGAUCAGUAUGUCUGGGGGGAAGGUGGAUUUCGAUGACUUUGUGGAGCUGAUGGGCCCCAAGAUGCUGGCAGAGACUGCCGAUAUGAUUGGGAUGAAGGAGCUACGGGACGCCUUCCGCGAGUUUGACACCAAUGGGGACGGGCGGAUCAGCACAGCCGAGCUGCGCGAGGCCAUGCGCAAGCUGUUGGGCCAGCAACUCAACUACCGCGAGGUGGACGAAAUCCUCAAGGAUGUGGAUCUCAAUGGGGACGGCCUGGUGGAUUUCGAAGAGUUUGUGCGAAUGAUGUCACGCUGAGGCAACAAGUGCCGUGCAGGGUGCGGGACAAGAGCCCUGCUGUGCCUUACGGAGAGGAGGGGGCUGCAGAGAGCUGGCUCCGGCGGCAGCUUGGAGGGUCUGGACACCAGAGCAGCGCAACGUGCAAGCACUGAGCUAGGAGCUCACCUCUCCAGUGCCAGCCCUGCCACAGUGCACCCCGACCCCCCAUGCCGGCCCUGCUGCUGAGCUCAGCCUGCUCCACCCACACUCCGACCCCACACUGACUCCUGGUCCACUCUGUCUGCACCCCCAGCCUGCUCCACCCACACCCCAGAUGGCUCCGCCUGCACCUCAGACCAUGCCAUCCCUUGCUGCUGAGCUUGGCCUGCACCUCCAACCCCCGGAGCAGGCCAGCGCCCCGGAACACGGACUCAGCCAGGCACGUACCCUAUAGCAAAGUGCUUCUCCCUGGUCCCCCAGUGCUGCCCCUCUCACCUCCGCCCUGCUCCUGAUC